CCUUCACCACAACAACUCAAGGUCUUAGUGAGAGAGAGAACUUACAAAGGAGUGUCCACAUUAGUCACCCCAAUGUCUUCCAGUCCAUUUUUCCUCACCAUCUUGGCUGCUGCCCUAGCUGCCCUAGCAGUGGUGGUAGGAAGCACAGUCGUCCCACCACCACAACCCAAGUCCGCUCGAGCGUUCUUCGUGUUCGGCGACUCGCUCGUCGACAACGGCAACAACAACUACUUGGUGACCACCGCACGGGCCGACUCGCCGCCUUACGGCAUCGAUUAUCCCACCCACCACCCCACUGGCCGCUUCUCCAAUGGCUUAAACCUCCCUGAUAUCAUCAGUGAGCAGCUGGGCAUGGAGCCUACAUUGCCCAUUUUGAGCCCUGAGCUCACUGGACCCAAGCUGUUGGUUGGUGCAAACUUUGCUUCCGCCGGAAUCGGAAUCCUAAACGACACCGGAUUUCAGUUUGCAAGCAUAAUAAGAAUCCCACGCCAAUUGGAGCUGUUCCAAUGCUACCAAGAUCGGCUAAAGGCGGUGGUCGGAGCCGGCAAGGCGCGGCAGCUGGUUAACGGAGGCCUGGUCCUCAUCGUGGUCGGCGGCAACGACUUCGUCAACAACUACUUCUUAGUACCUUACUCCGCCAGAAGGCUCCAGUACCCCAUCCCCGAGUUCUGCCAGUUCCUUGUCUCCGAGUAUAAGAAGAUCCUAUUGAGGCUGUAUGAGUUGGGGGCACGAACGGUGAUGGUGACGGGAACUGGCCCGUUGGGCUGUGUUCCAGCCGAGUUAGCCAAAGCGAUCGGAAACGGGCAGUGCACGGAGGAACCCGAACGGGCUGCUGAGCUUUUCAACACUGGACUGGACGACAUGGUUCAAGGACUGAACCAGCAGCUGGGCUCAGACGUGUUCAUCUCUGUCAAAGCAUAUAUGGAGGUGCACAAGGACUUCAUCGCCAACCCUCAGGCCUAUGGUUUUGUUUCAACAAAAGUAGCAUGUUGUGGGCAGGGGCCAUACAAUGGGAUAGGAAUAUGCAACCCAGCAUCCAACCUCUGCCAGAACAGGAACUCCUUUGUGUUCUGGGAUCCAUACCAUCCAGCUGAAAAGGCAAACAGAUACAUCGUCCAGCGGAUGUUGAAUGGGUCUGAGAAAUACAUGCACCCAAUGAACCUCAACACCAUCAUGGCCAGGGCCUCCACCAAUUAGUUCACAUAUCAUAUUCCAUUUUAGAGAGAGAGAGAGAGAGAGAGAGAGAGAGAGAGAGAGAGAGAGAGAGAGAGAGAGAGAGAGAGCCCAUGUGCAUUUUGGUAGUAGUCCUUUGAUUAUGCUCAUGUUCUCUGUCUUUUUGUACUCAUAAAAUGAUCUUUUGUUGGUCCCCGAUGAGAUGUAAAGGGCAUGGAAAUAAGCUUGUUGGGCAGGUUGGUUUUGCUA